CGGGAAACAAAUUAGGGACGCCAUCUUGAGCGUCGGUACUCAAAAAUCGUCUGGCUGAUGUUUUCAAACGCAAAAAAUCCAUGUUUGGUGAAAUUGUAGCUGCAUCUUAAACGUUAUAUAACUUGAUGUUGUGUAUAUGUAUGGAUAUACACUCGGCAUAUCAUAUUGUGUACCGGUAAGAGACAACAUACUUCUCUGUAAGGGCUGGAAGACAAACUUUUGAAGAGGAGCUGUAGCACCAGGAGGCGUCAUGUUUUACGCACAUUACGUGUUGAGUAAGAAGGGGCCCUUGGCCAAGAUUUGGUUGGCAGCCCACUGGGACAAGAAACUGACUAAAGCUCAUGUAUUUGAAACUAACGUUUCAUCAUGUGUGGACAGCAUCAUUCAUCCCAAAGUCAAGAUGGCUCUACGAACUUCAGGUCACUUGCUGCUUGGAGUCGUGAGAAUCCACAGUAGGAAGGCAAAGUACCUCUUAGCUGACUGCAAUGAAGCCUUUGUCAAGAUCAAAAUGGCCUUUAGGCCUGGAGUUGUGGAUUUACCCGAAGAGAACAGGGAAGCAGCCUUCACAGCCAUCACAUUGCCAGAGGUCUUUCAUGACUUUGAUACAGCUGUUCCAGACCUCAAUGAUGCCGAGGUCCAGAAGCAGUUUGCCCUAAAUCAGAGCAGAGUAGAGGAAAUCACAAUGAAAGAAGAUCUUGGCAACAUUACUCUCACACAAGAUGAUGCCUUUGGUGACAUCACUUUUGAUGACCGUGAGAUGAUGCGCGAUGCUCCCAACAUUGAUGACUCCCUCUACAAGCGAGGCUCCGAUGAGUCGACUAUGCUGAGUGAGAUGGAUAACAGGAAAGACCAGACCAUCGACAACACCAUGGAGAAGCCCAUGGACCUGGGUCUGGAUGAACCUAUCAGGGAUGAUGGCUUCGGAGCAGAGAUGGGCAUUGGAAGUGGUAUCCUUGGCAAUGAAUUCAUGGGACCUGAGGAUGGCUUGUUUGAUGAACAGCCAGAGAUCCAUGCUGGUGAGGUGCCCAUUGGAGGUACUGCAUCGGGUGAAAGCAGUCCAGAAAGGCCAAAUGAAGAGGAGAAACAAAUCAGAGGACAACCAAUGGAGCAGGGCGAGGAUGUUGCAGAACAACCAGCUGCAGAUCAAACAACACUGGUACAAAAUGAUGAAGAUGCAUUUGCCCUAGAACCCAUUGACAUCUCGGCUGGCAUGAAAGAAACCAGACAGAGGCGCAAGAGGAAACUGAUCGUCGACGAGCAGAAGGAGCUCCAGGGCGACAUCAUCAAAUCGCAACUCAAGGACACGUCGGACAUCGUGGCCACCCUAGACCUUGCCCCACCCACCAAGAAACUCAUGCUGUGGAAGGAGACUGGUGGUGCCGAGAAGCUCUUCUGCUUGCCAGCACGGCAACACACGUCAAUAUUUAUUCUAUCUAUUUACAGACGGAAUCUCACCGCUGACAUUCCAAAGGAUCUCAAGAUUGUCAGAGAUGAAGACUUUGAGCUUGAGGAGCCUGAAGUACAGCGAAGAGUAGAGCAUCAUGACUUCACCUUGGAAGCCUCCAGAGACCAGACAUCAUUGUCCAUUGACGAACCCUCCAGGAUCGAGGACCAGCCCAGCACCUCAGCCACACCCGCUCCCCCUACUCCAGCCCACAUCCCCAUGUCCAGGAGAUCCUCCUCAUCGGACGGUGGGGACUACGGCGGUGACCUCUUUGCCGCUGACUACGACGAUGAUUACGAUAUUCCGUCCGUCGCGCCGCAGUCCGUCGGACCACAGGCCGUUGAAGAACCAGAGGAGGAGGAAGAGCUUCAAGAGGGUGAAGACCAAGAAGCACACGAGGAGAGGAAGCUGAACAAGAGAGCACAAAUCAUGUUGACAGCAAUCAAUACCAGACUACAGACCUCAUCGGAAGUAUCGUUCAAGCAUGAUGUCACAGCGAGACUUUACAGGAAGCAAGCUGCAGCCAAAUUCUACACCCUUCUUGUCUUGAAGAAGCAACAAGCCAUCGAUGUCUUCCAGAACGUCACGUAUGGAGACAUCACCAUCACGUGUGGGCCCAUGCUGGAAGGUGUUGCAUAGGCCUCUUUGGAUUGGAGCAGUACUCUUGCUACAAACCCAUCCAGUUUUCACCUCGAACAAUCUCAGAGACAUUGUCACUAUAACUAAGCAGUCCCUUGGCAUAUAUUCCAUGUUUUUCACGUUGAAACAGUUUCCUUGCUACGCCCGUUCACCUUGUCACUAUGGAUAAUCUCAGAGAUGCAUCACUGUACAGGCUCAUUUUCAUGUGCCGUACUGAAUGAAUGGCAAGUGGGGAUACAAAGAAGUAGGUGCACCCAACAUAGGUCCUGUGCAUAAUCACCUAUCUGUAUAUUAUAAGAUACAGUGAUGUAGAGCAAAUUGUGGAGUGCUAUAUGCUCAAAAAUUAUCCGCCAUGGUUUACUGUGAUACAUAUGGAUCAAUCUUCUGGGAAUUCCCACUGUCUGGGCUGUUGCGUACUGAAAAACCCCAGAAAGUCUCAUGUGCAUUUGAUUUCAUGAGUGCUUCAGACUUGCAAAAGUUUCUUAUGGUGAAAUAACCGAGUCACAUCUGAAGUCGCAGAAUAUUGCAAUUUACAAAAAGUUUUGUGUCGCAAACGUUUUUUGUUUUACAGUAGGCUUUUUAGAGUUGCCAACCGCUAUGAAAUGUCCUGACAAGACUUUCUUGUAUUUCAUUCAGUGGUAGGAAUUAAUCAAAGCUAUAAUGAGUUGCCCCACAUUGUACUCUGUUCAUUCAAAUGCUCUGUUCCAUCAACAAUUUUAUCUUACAUUGACUCUCAAUAAAAUCUCUCUUGAUGAUAAAGUGUUUUUUGACCAAUAUUCUGUAAACAAAUGUUUGAUCAAAGGGACUGGAAGGUUGAAAUAGUUGGCUUAACUUUAUUAUUAUCUUUCCAAUGGAAAGCAUACCAGUUGGUAUAUUAAUUGCGCUAAUGUCUGCUUUGUUCAAGAAAUGUUAGUAUGUUUCAAGUAGUUGUUCUCGGUUGAAAUAGGUCAAAAACGAUUUACUGUAAGAGGUUGGACAAAAUUUGGCCUGCAAUACAAGUACUAUUAGAUCUGACAGAAUUGCCUAUUGGUCUUUGGUAGAUAACAUUUGAUAAAAGUUUUCAAGAGUUUAGAAUUGAACAGCAAAUGACGAAAUGAACAUAUUUUUAUAGGAAAUUUUAAAGUUUUGAGUGCGGAAUUGACUUGAAGUAACAAUUAAUUCACAAACCUCAAAUUACAAAUCAAAGUGCUAUGAUCAAAAUGUGUUUUGAUCAAUAUGGAAGUCUUAUUCUUGAUCUUAUAUUGAGAAUGACUAUUUUCAGAUAUCGCAAAGAGUGCUUUUAAUACCCUUUUAUCAUCAUUUGAGCAUUGUACAGAGAAGAUAUAAACAUUGAAUUUUGUCUGCAAGGUGUUACAAGGUGGGUGAUUUGAGCAAUUAAAUUUGGUUUUAUGCGUUUGAAAAUGCCUUAGAUAAUCAGUUUGAUAUUUUAGAGAAUUAAUUUGUUCAACACCCUGAUUUAAUGAAAAGCUCGUUAACAGUUUUCUUAAUCAAUUCCCUGCCAAAUUAUUAACGCAAAGUGGUUUUACGUUUUCUCUUCUAUUUGUGAUGUCAAUCUAGUAUUUUACUGCAACGUCUUCUAUUGUAAAUAACAUAGUUAUAUCUCAACCUCCAUAUUGUUAGAAGUAGUUCAUUUAGAUAUUAAUUUUAUUUGGCUGUCAUUAGUAUUAUUGAAAACAUUACUUAUUUCUCAUUUCUCCAACGAUUCUUGAAAUAUUGUUCUAAAAUAUGUUUGAUGUAAUUCUGUAAAAUCAGCUCAAAAGACCAUUCUUUCUGUGUCAUAUUUCAGCAUUUCUUAGACACAUUUUUUUUAAUAGCUCUCUUAGAUUCACCCAAUAAAUCAGUAAAACGUGAAUCACACUACAAUCCUACUUCGAUCUGCGUUGGAAGAAAAAUGAAGUCGUGUAUUUAUUAAAUGCAAACUCUUCUCGGUCAAAGUUUUUGUUUGAUUGUGCAGACUAUUGAGCGUUGGUAACAUCACAACAAAGUCAUGGACUUCUGCCAUCUGGUUUAAAUAACGGGUUUUAGUAGGAUUGAACAUGGGCAAACAAUAUGUAACCUUGAGGCUCAUAAAACUUCUGUUCUGUAUAACUUAAUCAAAACGCGUCUUAAAUGUGUAAAUGUUUGCCUUUUGUUACACAGAGAUUUUACUUGCACUUCUCUUCAUAUAUAUUAUACACAUAGCACAUGCAACAAGUUUAAAUGAGCACUUUUGUGGAAAAGAAUGCCAAACAAGAUCUGUAUACAGUCAAAAGUAGCAUUUAGAGUCCUUUCUUUCAUGACUGUUCUGUAGCUAAGUGUGUCUUAGAAAAUGUGAAUACAAAUAUGCAUAGUAGCCUCAGGAUGUGUGUAUUUGAAAUAUAGCUGCAAAAUCUAAAUACAUUUAAGCAUGUCCUCCACUCUUCCUUUAUGCACCUGGGUCAUGUUUCACGAAACCAUCACAGGUACAAGUUUACCAAUGUCCCAUUGAAACGUGUGUAAUUUAAUACAUGCAGUGCAGUGGGUUAUCAACGAACUUGUACUUAAUGACCAUUCGGUGAAACGCUGCCCAGAUAGCAUUGGUCUACACAGUCUUGCAACCUUUUUGUUUCACUUAGGAAUAAAUCAUUUUUAAGAAGAGUUCUAUUUAUAUGCUUGUCUUAUGUUGUGAGCAGUUUACUACCAAAAUGCCAUUUUUGUUCAUCAAAACUUUCCUUUUUGCUUUUUUCUACUGAUGUAAAUAUCACUUUGUAAAUACAGAUACUCCUGUACUAUUCCCUUAUCAUAACAGUAGCUUUCAUUGAAUAGUAUCAUUUUUUUUUGUUCCAUGUUCUUUUUUAAUUAUUAUAACUCUGUCAUGACCUGUCCCGUAUUUUUGUUUUUGUAUUUAAGUUGAAAUGUGUAAAUAAUAAAAUGAAUAUGAUAAAAAUUAAAAGGUAUUCCAAGUUGGAUUUACAAGUCA